CAAGCGGGGUGACCGCUGGAGCGUGGCCUUCCACGCUUUGCCCGGCAUGUCGUUCGCGCAGAAUCUGACUAAGAUCGUCGCGUCCAAAAAGGCGGAGCUAGGUGACCGAGAGAAGAUCGCGAAAAGAUGGACCGAAAAAGAGGAGCAACUUAUUGAGACAGCUGUGGACAUGUUCAAGCAACGAUGCAUGAAGGAAGCUGAGCAGCAGAAGUGCGAGGCCACAAUCUCCUUUGAGGUGAUCACGCGGGAGAUUGAGGACUUCCCGCGCCGAAUUUUGACCGACUCCACCUACUUCGUCGACGCUUGGGGCGAGGGUGGCAGUGCAGAGAGCUGGUUCUACGCCACUCGUGGGCUCAAUUCUACCUACACCGAGGGGCAACCCAUCCUUUUUGCUGAAGUGCUUCAAGCUAUGCUGCCCAAGUUUGUGGAGAAGGUCAAGGAGUUGGGCUUCCACCAGUGCAAUCACGAGGCUGGCACUUGGAAGGUCCACGUGGUGUGGAACCCUCCGGAGGACAAGGAGCCGGAAAAGAAGAAAAAGAAGCGGCGGUCCCGCAGCCGCAGCCGCUGAAGGCGCCAACUGGUGAACGGCGUCAAGGAGUGCAAGGGCGAGGGUCACUCUACGAAGGGGGAUGAAAGACAGCAAAGCGAGC